AUGGCGGACGGCCGGCGGCGGAGGGUCUUGGUCCUCAGCGGGUGGAGCCCUGGCCCUCUGGACGUCCUGCGCAACCGCAUGCCGGACGUGGAGUUUCUGGAGCCCACCAUUCCCAUGCCUCCCUCGGGCUGUAGAUGGUGUCUGAAUCCAUUCUGCCUGCUGCUCCUCGUCGUGAUAUUCUGGCUAACACCAGAAGCUGCAUCCAACGACAAGUUGGUGGCGCAGGUCGACGAGUCCUUUGCCUGGCUAGUUCGCUUGGCCUUGCUUCUGGCUAUCCCGGUGCUGCUGCGACUUGUGGUGGCUGGCCUGGUCUGGUUCGCCAUCAAGGACGGCCUCUGGACCACGAGCCGGGCCAUUCGAGACUUCCAGCCCGACGUCCUCUUGGGCUUCUCCUGGGGGGGUGGCGUGGCACUUUGGCUUCUCUCCCAGGGCCGCUGGAAGGGCCCGACGCUGCUGUUGGCUCCCACGGUGAAUGCCAUGUCUUGGGCAGCUCAGCAGCACAUCAACAAGAAGAAAAAGAGCAAAAGAGACAUCGGCCCACGGUUUUACGUCCAAGCUUCUGACGAGCAGCUGAGCACUCAACACCAAAAGCUUGCCUGCCCAGGUCAGCUGCUGCUCAGCGCCCAGGUGGGGCUUCAAGGUUUUUACCGGAUGGCUAAGUCCUACGCUUGA